AUGUCAUCGGGCAUUUACACGCUGUUGGAUAUCCCCACCAAGGCGCCACGCGUCUGUUGGUCGAUGAAUACUUGGAGGACUCGAUUGCUUCUGAAUUACAAGGGUCUUGACUACAAGACAGAAUGGGUUGAAUAUCCGCACAUCGGGUCUCGACUCAACCAGCAUGUCUCCCCGAACGAACAAGGACGCCCAUUUACCGUCCCGACUAUACAAACGCCUGAUGGCUCUUACCUGAUGGACUCGUACAAAAUUGCCGAAUUCAUCGAGGAGAAGUACCCGGUUCCAAGCCUGCCUCUGAACACACCUGUUCAGCUUAGAUUUAGAGACAGCCUCAUAAAGUUUAUGGAAAGGCUUGGACCAAUAUAUGUUCCUAGAGUAGCGACGCAACUUCUCGGCGAAGAGAGCCUUGAGUAUUUUCUCACCACGCGCCAGGAAGACAUCGGCAUGCCUCUAGAUGAGUUCGGAAAGCAGCAGGGCCCAGGAGCAUUCGAGCGAUGCGAGCCUUUCGCGCGCGAGAUUACGGCUUUGCUGAACGAGUCUUCGUCGGGGCCCUACUUUAUGGGCGAUACUGUCAGCUACACCGAUUUGAUGUGGGCGGGUAUUCUGCUUUUCUUCAAACGCCUUGGCACUGAGGAGUAUCAGGAAGUGCUAAGGGUUACUGGAGAUGCUGAAGCGCACACCAGAUUCUUGGAUGCUUUGAGCCCGUGGACAGCAAAGGAAGAUUAG